AUGGCAGAGGAAAUAGAUCAGACACUGCCACUACCUGAUGAAUAUCCUGCACCAUGUGAGGCUGUGGUGAAUGGAGACGCAAAGGAGGAAAACAGCAAACAUCACUCAGUAAAAUGCAGCCCCAAUCUGCUGCUGAUGCUCAAGGCAGCAGAGAGCAGGAGGACAUAUCAGAGUGGGGACAGAGACAAGACGGAGGUGUCUAAAUCUGGGACAGGAGAGCUGGUGACUGAAGCUCAGAAGACUGACAUGCAAAUACAGUUCACUGACCAGAAGCAAGAAUUCAACAAACGUCCCGCCAACAAUGGUCGUUGCUCUUUGUCUCGGUCCAUCUCGCAGUCGUCUACUGAUAGCUACAGUUCAGCGUGCAGUGACAGCUCUGAGGAUGAAUCCUCUCCCAGAGACAAACCUCAGUUCACCUCAAAAGGCCUUUCUGACUUCUGCAUCAAAAACAUCAAGCAGGCUGAAUUUGGACGCAGAGAAAUAAUGAUCGCAGAGCAAGGAAUGCCAGCGCUGAUGAUCCUGAGGAAAAGAGCAGGAGAAGAGAAACCUCUGGCUGGAGCCAAAGUGAUGGGCUGCACACACAUCACACCACAGACAGCGGUGUUGAUGGAGACCCUCUCUGUGUUGGGGGCUCAGUGCCGCUGGGCAGCCUGUAACAUCUUCUCCACUCAGAACGCUGUGGCUGCUGCUCUGGCUGAAGGAGGCAUCUCAGUGUUUGCAUGGAGAGGAGAAUCAGAGGACGACUUCUGGUGGUGUAUUGACCAAUGUGUCGGAGCUGAGAGCUGGCUGCCCAACAUGAUUCUGGAUGACGGAGGUGACCUAACCCACUGGAUCCAGAAGAAGUACCCGAGCGUUUUCAAGAACUUGAAAGGCAUUGUGGAGGAAAGUGUUACAGGAAUCUAUCGGUUGUACCAGCUGUCAAAGGCAGGCAGGCUGUGUGUCCCGGCGAUGAACGUUAACGACUCGGUGACUAAGCAGAAAUUUGACAACCUAUACUGCUGCAAGGAGUCCGUACUGGACGGGUUGAAGAGAACCACUGACGUCAUGUUUGGAGGAAAACAGGUGGUGGUGUGUGGAUAUGGGGAGGUUGGCAAAGGUUGCUGUGCUGCACUGAAAGCGUUGGGUGCUGUUGUCAAUGUCACAGAAGCGGAUCCCAUUUGUGCCCUUCAGGCCUGUAUGGAUGGCUUCAGAGUCAUUAAACUGGGUGAAGUGGUUCGACAGGUGGACAUGGUCAUCACAUGCACAGGCAAUAAAAACGUGGUUGGGAGGGAACAUAUGGACAGAAUGAAGAACGGCUGCAUAGUCUGCAACAUGGGACACUCCAGCACUGAGAUAGAUUUGGUGAAUCUACGAACAGCGGAGCUGAGGUGGGAGCGUGUAAGGCCUCAGGUGGAUCAUGUUAUCUGGCCUGAUGGCAGGAGAAUCAUCCUGCUGGCUGAGGGCCGUUUGCUUAAUCUGAGCUGCUCCACUGUGCCCUCUUUUGUCCUCUCCAUCACCGCUACCACUCAGGCUCUGGCUCUCAUAGAGCUUUACAGUGCUCCUGAUGGACGUUACAAACAGGAUGUCUACCUGCUGCCAAAGAAGAUGGAUGAAUAUGUGGCAAGUCUUCACCUGCCAACGUUUGACGCUCACCUCACAGAGCUGACUGAUGAACAGGGCAAGUACCUGGGCAUCAGCAAACACGGACCCUACAAACCCAACUACUACAGGUGA